UUAGGGAGAGUGUGGUGCAGGCAGUCAGCGCCCAGGGCACCCGGCCUUAGUUAACAAAGAUUGGUGGAGUUGCCUGGAAGCCAAGUCAGAUUGAGUGACUCAGGUGUGCUGGCAGGGCUCCUGUACCUGGAGCUGCGCGCAGGUGGGUGUGGAAGGGACUGUGCACCUGGCAGCACCUGGCUCCGUAGGCAGUACCCGAGCUUAGCUCAGCCUGCACCUAACCACCAAUCACAAAUGCCCAAUGUCAUUUCAAGCGUUGCUGCCUUGGGUGCCAAAAAGGCGGUGACCCUGGACAUCUCUGAGCUGAGGGGCGGUAUGCCCGCCAUAGUUCGGGUGUGUGUGCACACGGCACCUGGGUGUCUCGUGUGUUGUGUGUUUCUGUGGACCUUGAUGUCUCAGACACGUGGGGCGGUAUGUCUCGGAGGUAGUGACCUGCAGUGUCACCCCUAGGCGUAUGUGAGAGGUUAUGCGGCAGUAAGCCGGGGUGUUCCAUGGCAGCAUUCUGGAAUGUCUCGGACUUGAAAGGCCAGGUAUCUGGGUGUCUCAGGCUUCUUUUGCAGCAUGUCUGUAGGUCUCAGUGUGCGUGGGUAGCAGCGUUUCAAGUGUAGGAAGUAGUAUACCCGUGUGAGUGUGGGUGCUUCUGCAUGGCUGAGGCGGAACCACACCUAACGGUGUGGUUAGCAUAUCUGGGCAUCGCUGGCAGGUAUGUGGUCCCCUGGUGUCUUAGGGGUGCAGGGGCAGGGUGCCAUUCUAUCUCAAGAGUUGGCAGAGGAACAUACCUGAGGUCUGCAGAGCACUGAAAUCUCAGGUGUGAGGUGGGGACCGUAUGUAGGUCUCAGGUAUGGGGAGCAUUUUUCCUGGGGUUUGUGUGAGUGGCCGGAUUCCUGGCUGUCUUUGACCCAUCCCUCCCUCUGCACCUGAGUGUGUCUGAGGGGUGGGGGCAGUGGCGCUGGAGACCCCGUUUCUGCUGUGUCCGUGUCUCAGCGACUUACCCUGGGCUAGGUGUCGAGGUGGGUGCGUCGUCCUCAGGGAUUCCUUCUGCAGACAUGCUCCCCGAGGUGGGUUCGCUGUGGCUGCUUCGGCUGCUCCGGGACAUCCAGCUGGCACAGUUUUACCGACCCAUCCUCGAGGAACUUAAUGUUACCCGGCCAGAGCACUUCGACUUUGUCAGGCCCGAGGACCUGGACGGCAUUGGCAUGGGCCGGCCUGCCCAGCGCAGACUGGCCGAAGCUCUGAAGAAGCACCGUUCCGGGUUCAAGUCAAAGAACUGGGUCUACAAGAUCCUUGGGGGUUUUGCACCUGAGCAGAAGGAGACCACUCCAGCUCCAGACAGCCCCCUGACCCUCCCUGAGCCGGAGGGGGGACUCAAGUGUCUGAUCCCGGAUGGUGCUGUGUGCAGAGGGGAGCUGCUGGGCUCUGGCUGCUUUGGAGUGGUUCACCGAGGGCUGUGGACACUGCCUGGCGGCCAGAGUGUCCCCGUGGCUGUCAAAUCCCUCCGGGUGGGUCCUGAAGGCCCCGUGGGCACAGAGCUGGGGGACUUCCUUCGAGAGGUGUCCAUCAUGAUGAACUUGGAGCACCCACACGUGCUGCGUCUGCACGGCCUCGUACUGGGCCAACCCCUGCAGAUGGUGAUGGAGCUGGCGCCCCUGGGCUCCCUGCACGCGCGCCUGACCGCCCCGCCCCCGACACCCCCGCUGCCCGUGGCCCGGCUCUGCCUCUUCCUGCGGCAGCUGGCGGGGGCCAUGGCGUACCUGGGGGCCCGCGGGCUGGUGCAUCGAGACCUCGCCACGCGCAACCUGCUGCUCGCCUCCCCGCGCACCAUCAAGGUGGCCGACUUCGGGCUGGUGCGGCCACUGCGCGGCGCCCGGGGCCGCUACGUCAUGGGCGGGCCCCGCCCCAUCCCCUACGCCUGGUGUGCGCCAGAGAGCCUGCGCCAGGGGGCCUUCUCUUCUGCGUCGGACGUGUGGAUGUUUGGGGUGACGCUGUGGGAGAUGUUCUCCGGGGGCGAGGAGCCGUGGGCCGGGGUCCCGCCGUACCUCAUCCUGCAGCGGCUGGAGCAGGACCGGGCCCGGCUGCCUCGGCCUCCCCUCUGCUCCAGGGCGCUCUACGCCCUGGCCUUGCGCUGCUGGGCCCCCCACCCCGCCGACCGGCCUAGCUUUUCCUACCUGGAGGGGCUGCUCCAAGAGGCCUGGCCUCCUGAGGGACGUUGUGUGCGGGAUGUCACAGAGCCAGGUGCCCUAAGGAUGCAGACUGGUGACCCCAUCACCAUCAUUGAGGGCAGCCCCGACUCUGCAGCCUGGAAGGGCCAGAACGGCCGCACAUUCAAAGUGGGCAGCUUCCCAGCCUCGGCAGUGACGCUGGCAGAUGCGGGGGGCUCACCAGCCACCCGUCCGGUCCACAGGGUCUCCCCUGCCCAGGGGGAGCGACACCAGGAAAGCGUAGAUGGGGACAGAGGGAAGGCAAAGCUUCGGGAUUUACCUCCAGCAUGGGGCCAGAGAAGGAACGUGCCCCUGCAGAGGAUGAAAGGUGGAGCUGAGCGUGCAUGGAGUCACCCACCAGGAGUGCCAGGCAGCACUCAGGGCCACUGGGGGAGACGUGGUUUCUGCCAUCCGGAACCUCAAGGUGGACCAGCUCUUCCAUCUGAGUAGCCGGUCCAGAGCGGACUGCCGACGCAUCCUGGAGCGCUACCAGUGGGAUCUCUCCGCUGCCAGUCGCUACGUCCUGGCCCGGCCCUGAGCGCGGCCCCCUUGGGCGUGGAUACCAGCCUGGAUCAAGGGCCUGGCCCCGCGGGACCAAGCAGAACCAGAACCUGGUCCUACCAGGGCAGAAUUUCCCACCCGGGGAGAUCGUGUGGUGGGCAGGUACAGGAGGAGCCCGGCGUCGGGCACUGACCAGCGUCUCCUCCCGUGCCCCUUGACCUCUUGAGGGCUCCAGCUCCCUUGGCUGGUUCAUAGAAGGAUCUAGUCCAGUCUGCCCACCAUAUUCCCAACCAAGAGAACUUGGAGGGACAGAGCUGCCCCACAUCACACGCACGGGAAGCUUCCACUUGCUAGAGCGGACCUCGGGAGUAGCCAUCCCAAACGGCGGUCAGCUACCACACUGGCCUCUGGGGUGCAGCCAUCUUGGAUGGUAGAAGCAACCGUACUGACUUGGGGUGCGUGGCCCAAACUGCCUUGGCUCUGUCCAGGGCCAUGAUGGAGGAUGACAUUGCCCUCUUGAACCCAAGGACGCUGGAUCUUGGCAGCGCGGAUGAUGAAAUGGGCCGGCCCCCACCCCAGCCCAGCUGUCCUGUUUCCCUUGGUUUCUUCGCGCACCAGCUCUUCUACUCUCUCCCAUUACAUACAUCUUCCAGUACCCAAAAAGUUACAAAGUUUAUAUGAA